AUGGCUGCUAAGGAGCUUUUAUGCUUUCUUUUCGUCUGCUUCUUUGCCUUGGGAAGUGCUACUUACUGUACUUACGACAGUGAUUGUUCCUUCAGUGAGUCCUGUUGUACAGAUAAAGUCUGUAGAGAGAGAUGUUACUACUGUUCGCACGACUACCAGUGUGGGACGAACGAGCAAUGCUGUAAUAGGAAAUGUAUCAGCAGUUUCUCUUCAUGUUCGUGUACGUACGACUACCAGUGUGACCUUGAUGAGGAUUGUUGUGGGGGAGUUUGUUCCUCAUACUGUGGUUGGAGCGGCGGGUCUAUUGCAGGCGCUGUAAUCGGCACGAUUAUUUUUUUUGCAAUCAUCAUUUCCAUCGUAUCCUGCUGCUGCUGCGCUUGUUGCCCGUACUACCGCUAUCGUACACCCGGUGCUGUGGUCGUCACCGGCCAACAGCCACAGCAACAAAUCUUCUCAACCCAAAUGAUGACGACGCAACAAGUACAUGCUCCUCCGCCGGUGAACUACAACCUGCCUUCUCCAGAUGGAUACGAUCAUCCUCCUCCAGCAGGUUACAACCUACCUCCUCCAGCUGGUUACGAUCAGCCUCCUCCAGGUUUCAAUCAGGCUCCUCAGUCCUACACAAGCUAUCCUCCACCACCAAACCAAUAUCCUCCACCGUUACGACAAGCU